AUGGACGAAAUAUCAAAAGCCUGGGAAAAAAUUUGUAAAAUUUGUGGUGAUAUAGGUUCUCAAGAAGCAAUUGUUACCUGCUAUAAGUGUAAAAAUGUUGACGUGCACCAAUUUUGUGUGUCGGGCUACUAUGUUGAUGCACCAGUGGAUUGGUGUUGUGAAAAAUGUGAUAAUGACAAAUGGAUAAUAUCUGUAUCACAUGGACUAGAAAAUGUGCAAUCCGAGGGAUCAUCAGCAAAGAUUUGCCCGAGUACUGUGCAUUCAAAUGAGUUUCCUCGUGGGAAUAGGAAUCGCAUUAACUGGGAAAAUGAGGUAAAGGCAGGGAAAGCCAGAUAUCUGCCUGUUGAAGACGCACUUGGUUUGCAAUCAGGCAUGGAGAAAUAUGAAUCACCACUGGUAACUACUUUGCCCUCAAGAGUGGUGUCAACCGAAUCCAUGGCGAUCGUGACUCAAGAUCAUUUUAGCAAUCCUAGAGUUCAAAUUUCAAAUUCUUUUCCUAAGAAGAGCGCAAUGCAAGUAGUUGGAGGCUUUAGAAAUUUCAUUUCCUAUCAUUUACUUUUGUACUUUCAUCCAAUUGAUGUAGCUUAUUUUUUAGGUGCGGCUGGUUCUACUAUUAUGGAGCAAAGGAGUCCAAAUUCAUCUACAAUACACCCUUAUGAUCCUGCUUUAGUUCCUUCCUGGAAGGGAAAUUUUGACAUCUUAGGUGAGCUGGAACUUGCACCUGGUUAUAUCCAGGCUCAUUCUCCUUGCAGGGUUAGACGUAAGGUUUAUGAGUUCUCAGGGCGAUUGCCUGAUACUCUUAAACUUGAAUUAGUUCCCCGUGGGGAUAUCUGGGCAAGUCUGUUCAGCGGUUAUAUUCCGGAUAAAGAAGACAUAGGACUCUAUUUCUUCGCAAGUGAGAGAGAAAGGUCUGACAGAUAUAUCGCCCUGGUGGAGUUCAUGCAUCGCAAGGAUUUGGUGUUGAGAACUCUUAUCAAUGAUGUUGAGUUGAUUAUACUGACAUCCACAGCCCUAUGCAGUGAUUCUCAAAGUUGGAACAGUGAGCACUUCCUGUGGGGAUUAUUUUACCGCAUGGGACAAGACAGAGAUGGAUGUGCUGAAGGAGGCAGCAACAAAGUGGUGGACAUGGAGAUAGACAUGAUAGCUGGAGAAGAUGUAGGAACGCUGGACAUUGUCCUCCACUCAUGGUUGUAGAUCUGUUCACAACGAGUUUUCUUCAUUCAGUUCUAUCUUCUUCAGUCCGGCUACUUAAUUCUGUCUAAU